GAUGACGACUGGUAGUUUAGAAGGUUAGAUGAGAGAGAUUGAAGGGCCAGUGAGAAAUGGAGGAGACAAGGAGAUAAAAGAAACGGAGACACCCCAUGCCCCAUUUUGCGAGAGGGUGGUACAGUGCAAAGGAAAUCUACUUUCUAAUGGCAGAUCCCAUGCUUGUUAUAGAUUUGACGGAAAAGGCUUGGAAAAUAAUCCAAAUGGGCCUAGAGCAUAAAAGCACGCUCGAAAACCUCAAGUCAACCAUGAAGGAAUUGGUUCCAGUGGUUGAGCAGAUAGAAGAAAGUUCGGAGAAAAUAACGGAUAUCGACGCCGAGGAAAUAGCAAAGCUCACGGCGAUGAUGGAAGCAACGAAAGAGGUUAUAUGUAAGUGUUCCCAAGUGGGUUGGUGGAAUUGCUGCCUUUUGCCAUAUUACAAGAACAAACUCGACGAAGCCGACAAGUCCCUGGUCAAGUACAUAUCGGUUCAGCUGCAAAUGCAGAUGGCAAGAGAUUUGAGGAUAAUCCGUUUGAAGUUGACCUCUGACGACAUCCGUCUAGCUGAAACCAUCCAUGAUCAUGAAAUCUCAGGAAGAAAUUCGGCUACGCAUCUCUCUCUUGAAGCGGCUUCCUCCUCCGAACUCCCAAAUAAAUAUGAUGUGUUCAUUAGUUUCAGAGGUGAAGACACGCGUACCAACUUGGCGAGCUAUAUUUAUGCCGCCCUGUGCGGUGCAGGCGUCAAAGCAUAUGGGGAUUACCGGAUUGAGGAAAGAGAAGAGGUGAGACCAUCGCACGAGAGAGUCAUCGAAGCCUCAACUAUGUUAAUCUGGGAAGGAGAAAAGUUGCAGCCGUCGCACGAGCAAGCCGUCGAAAACUCAGCUCUGUUUCUUGUGAUAUUUUCAAAAAAUUAUGCAUCGUCCACAUCGUGCUUGAAUGAGCUUACCAAAAUACUCGAGUCCAAAGAUCCUCUUGUUCUUCCAGUGUUCUACAAGGUAGAACCAACACAUGUGCAGAAUCAGACGGGGAGUUACCAGGUUGCAUUCACAAAACACGAGCGCAAAUACGAAGCCCACAAGGUUCAAAAAUGGAGGGCUGCUCUCACUCAAGCUGCCAGCUUUCCUGGUUGGAACUGCGCCGCUAACAGGUCUCUUGCUGAUCUUAUCCAAGGUAUUAUCAAAGUUGUGCAGGAGAAAUUGCACAAGAAUUGAUCCGAUCCCAUGCUAAAUUUCUCUUAAGGACUAAAUGGAAGACAAAUUUACAUCAAGAACUUCAAAUAAAAUCAUUUGUUUCUUUUUAUCUGUUGUAAAAUCAUUUGUUAAGAUCCAGAAAAUUUGUAAGAGGUGUUACUUA